CUCUGCUUCAUACAGUGCUUCAUACAAUGUCUUCCUGGUCAUUACUCCUCUGUUUCGUUCUUCUGUCGACAAGUGGAAUUCAAGUUGGCGCAGACAUGCCGGCACCUCAGUGGCAAUCCCACUAUAGAUCUUUCACGUAUACUCAGGGGUAUGCGACGGUUCAAUGUUCAUGCUUGAGAAGUCUAUCCGAUGCGGAGCUUCGUCGACAACUUCCACCACCUGCAUCAAAGUGUCCCCGAUGCCACUAUGUGGGAUGAUCUGAGAAGAAGAUGAGGAAUGAUGUGGAGAAACGGGACAAUUGAUUUGCUCAAGACGUCACCUAUCCCAUUCUGUGAAUGCUUUUCAUUCUGAUUAUUCACAAAUCCACUUUAAUGUAAAUUA